UUUUUUUAUUAUAUAUUCUUGCUUUCAGGUCUAAAGAGCAGCUAAAUCACAUAUCUUAGAUUGUGACCACGUGCACUUGACCUCUUUAUUAGAGAAAAUUGGCUGUCACUAAGAAAAGCGCCUCUUCUUCCCUCACUACUGAUGUCGAACUGGAACAAGUUACCUAUCAAGAUCUUGACCGAGAUCAUUGAUCUUGCUCUGGAAAAUGAUGAAACAAACACCUUCAUGUUACAAUGCAUGUUAAUUUCCAAACACUGGUUUAUGAUUAGCCGAGCUGUACUCUACAGGAAUGUAACUUUACGCGAAAGCAGCCAAUUCGAACCAUUUGUGACAAGCAUGCUCCAUUCGUCUAAUGGCCAAUUAGUCAAACAGUUUCAACUCUUAUAUGAUGACCAACAGCAACUGGAGCUUAACUUGGGACGAUUAUUCAAAUCCUGUCCAAAUAUCACCUGUCUGGAACAACCAAGAUAUAAAAAAAGUUCAUUUUUUGCCAAAUUGCUUUUGGAAGUCUUGGCCGGAAACGGAACCAAGUUAAGAAGAAUCCCUCCAUACGAUUCCAGUGAUCCCGAUGAUAUUUGCGUAUAUGGGCAUGUCACAUAUGCAUUGAAAGAUACACUGGAAGAUAUAUAUCUUUCUGAUUACUUUUUAACCAAAAUCACCUUUGAGCAAAACGAGGCACUAAACGAGUUGCAGAUAUACAAAAACCUCAAGUCGAUUUGUUUUAAACUGGAAAAUCAUAGCAAUCUUUUUACGGUCUUGGAAAAGAUACAAUAUUGUUGCUCCUUAAGUUCUGUACGUAUUUUAGCUGAUUGGGACGAUGAUGAUGUAGAAAAACAUUUGGGAAUCGUAGAACCUUUACAUUUACAAUCUCUCUGUAAUGUCCGAUAUCUACAGAUAAGUGAAAUGCUGACAAUCAGUUCCACAUUUAUCCAGUAUGUUUUACGUUUGUUCCCAAACUUAAAAUCACUUGAAUAUGCGAAUGAUUAUUUACAAAGUAUAUUCUACAAGAAUCGUGUUCAACGGUUAUCCGCAGAAGAAUGGGGACAUUUUAAAACACAGGGGAUGGAAAUACCUAAUGAACUUUGGAUACAAUUCUUGACAUAUGUAGCCUCCAUGAGAGUUUGCACGAUACCCUAUCUGUUUGUAAGGGACAUUGAGAUCUUUUUCAAGGUACCCAACUUGUAUGAAAACCUCCAAAUAUCAGCGGAUGAAUGGUUACCUGAACUCGAUAGGGACUUCGAGGUGUAUUUCAGCAUCUUUUACAAUACCAAUGACAAAAGCAACAUUCGUAGUAUGUAUCAGAAACAAUUAUACACGCCAUAUCGUUCUCAAAUGUGACAGAAAAACACGCCUUGUUGAUUGUCCAAAGAAAAACGCGAUUAAGACUUUUGGGUCAAAUUUAAAAGCAUUGGAUUUUGAUGCUGGCUCACAAGGCGAUGCGAUCAUACCUUUAGAUGCAGAUAUUAAAAAUUCGGUUGAGGAUAAUUUGUUUGACCUUAUUUCGGAUUAUUGUCCCCGUUUAGAUACAUUAUGGGUUUCAGAAUGCAGAUUCAUAUAUGAAAAACAAGAUUCUGUCAAGCCGAUUCGAUCUCUAGAACGAAUCCAAUUCAAGUAUUGUGAAUUUGAUGAAGAUUA